AUGUUUAAAGAUGCCCAAAAUGUUGUCUCGAGGUGUGAGUCUUGUCAAAGGCACGGUAACAUAUCCAAGAGGAAUGAAAUGCCUCAGAACCCGAUUUUUGAAGUAGAGGUCUUUGACUGUUGGGGUAUUGAUUUCAUGGGUCCCUUUGUAAGUUCAUACGGGAACCAAUAUAUACUUGUUGUUGUGGACUAUGUGAGCAAGUGGGUAGAGGCGGUUGCAUCUCCAACCAAUGACUCUAAGGUUGUGGUCAAGCUUUUUAAAAGCACCAUUUUCCCAAGAUUUGGUGUUCCCAGGGUAGUUAUCAGUGAUGGGUGUAGCCGUUUCAUCAAUAAGACUCUUGAGAGACCACCUACAAAACCCUCAUCGGCACCUCACCGUUUAACCUGCUAUUUUGGGAAGUGA